GUUGAUUGUACUACUCCUGUCGGCUGUCGUCUGUCACUGUAUCUCCAUGCUCGUACUUCAAACAGGUACCUAGUUGCCGGGCGUAGAGUAUCAAGUGAUAGGUAUUAGUAGGUACAGUGUUUGCAAUAAAGGCUUUAAAUAUUUAAACAAGUAAUGUUCUGUGAAUAAGUAGCUGGAAUACACUUUACUGUGCAAUUCCCGAGAUAAAGAGUAUUGAUUAUUGAAACAAUUUAUAUAAAUAUAACUAAAAACAAUAGAAACCAAACAUGAGGCGUGAAAUACCAAUGCUAUUGCGAUGUUGUUUCUGCUUUCCUCUAAGAUAUGGUUUGCUCUUGUGGGCGUACAUUAAACAGAUAUUGAGUCUAGUAUGCUUCGCUUCGAUGAUUUUCAAGGUUUAUAUUGACAGCCCGAGAAUGACUCUUCAGAGUUAUGUAGAGGUGUCAGCUAUCAUCACACUAAUUAUCGUGGACUUCGUAUUUUAUCUAUUUCUUAUAAUUAGUGCGCACACAGAAAACUGUAGGUUAAUGAGAAUAUUUUAUAGAUACAGUAUUGCUCUAUUAUGCUUGACCAUGAUUGGCAUGGCUUGGUACAUCCGUAGUUGGUUUAUCUAUAUAUUUUCUAUCGAUGUUUCAUCCGUCUUGCUGGUAUUACGUUCAAAUAUAUUGCCUGCCAUUGGUGCGACUCUCGUUUUGUUUAUUGUCCAAGCCUACUUCAUCAUUCUUGUGAGAAGUGAAUUCAAUAAUCUAAAAAAUAAAUCACAGACUGAAUUCGUGAGCAAUGCGUUUGCAGAGAAAUGUACCGCGAAAAUCAGCUUCGACAAGAGAACUGAAGAAAAUGUAGCAUAACAUUCAGUGUACCUAAAUAAUUCCUAUAUAAAAAUAAAAAUUGUUAUUUUGACAGA